AUGCCGAUAUUACCAGAUCACUCCCGUGAGAUUACCACUCUGCUCGAAAAGGUGCAUGCCCACCUCAAAGAUGUUGAGGCAGACCCAGCGCAACCGCUUAACGAAGAGCUCUUGAACCAGGUCAGGAUCUUUAUAACCAGUCGGUCAACUCAGAAGCCGGCUUCAUCUUCGUAUGCUAACUUCUCAGACUCCAUCUACCCUCCUGCGACUCCGGUGAAAGACAUUCUCAACCAGCUCUCCCGCCUCCUACCCACUCUACAACAAGAUCCGGCUCCUGUCACCGAGCUGACCACCUCACUUAUCAGCCUACCAGGCUUCACCUUCCGAGAUGCCCUCAAUAUCGACCCUCCUGUUCAAUUCACGCUUGCCCUCAAAUCAGAUGUUCCAGCAAUAUCGCUUAUGAUACUAGAAAUAUUGGGCAAAGUAUCCAAAAGCCAAGUUGACAUAAAUUGGGUAGCGGGGAAGCGGGACAUAGUGCAGUCCCUUAUACAACUCUGGCUGCGUGCGAGCGACACGGGGGUUUCGCAAGUUGCCGGCAAAGUCUUUUCGAAACUUUUGAACGGGCCAAAGGAAGAGAAGCCCACGGGUCAUGUGGAUGCUACGCUGGACCAGAAUCUCAUGUGGCGGCGGGUGUUCAGGGAUCGGGAUGUAUACCGAACGUUUUACGAAGAGUGCACAUUAUCCAAUGUCGGGCAGGAUGGACAAUUGAGCCGUGGAAGAAAGACCAUUGCGCAGGGUCGAUUGCAAGACUGGCUCCUCGAUGUCAGUGUGGACGUCGUCAGGACGACACAAAUCUCUGACGUCGAGAAACAAUACGGUGUUGGAGAUGGAGGACUACUCGAGUUUGCGGCCGCUCGAAUGGUAGAUUAUGAAGAAGACGAUCUGAUGAGAUCGACGUUGAUCCAUUUCUGUACCAACUUGGUUGAGCAGGGCAGAAGUGAGGAGCUUGAUUCAAUGAACGACUUGGCCUUUCUCAAGAAAUAUGGCAUGCAUCAUACGUGCAUGUCUUACUUUCUUGACUUAAACGGAGGCCACAGCUCAUGGACCCUUGAAAACUCAGCUUCUUACAUUGCUACGUACACUAAAAGCUACCAAAAGGAUUUUCUCCGCAACCCGGCGCUGUCAACGAGUAUUGUGGAGCUCAUACUACAGCAACUUGCAAAUUCUCAUACCCUUCGAAAUGACCAUUCGAUCGUCCUAGCAGCUCUACCAAGGUUUCUACUACUUAGGAAUGGCGGAGAAUCAGUUUUGAAUCGGCUGCCAUCUCAUAAAUCAUACCCCCAGACCGUGAAAAUGCUUGCCAAAGUAUUCGGUCACUCCGAUCAUGUGGAUGAUCGAAUCGCUGCACGCGCGCUCUAUUACCUCUACGCAAAAGUGCACCCUGACUUAUGGGAAGACAUCGUCCAGCUGGCUUCUACCGCUGCCCUCUUCGAAGGUGCAGUAGCCGCAAACCAGCUUAUCGGGAAUGUCAUCAGUGCGGAGUGGGAGCGCCUGCCCGAAACGUUCCAAAAAUCACAGCUUUUUGCAGGCCUGACAGAGGAAGGCCUAGCUAGGAAAUGCAACAACGGCCGUUCACUACCCCAACAUAGUACCGAAGUCAUUCUCUCAGCACCAGCACUGCAGACCGUUGUUCCAUAUCUCAUGCAAAGACCCCAAGAAGCCGACAAAAAGAGGUAUCAGAAUAUGUCAAGUGAGCAUAGAGAAGUCACGGAGGAGCUUGGAAAAGUGAGACAUAUCGCACUGCGCAUGCUUUUGAUCCAGGUGAAAGGGAUGCCACGAUCAGAGGACGUCGACAAGAUUACGCAAGCCAUGGAAAGGCGUUGGGAAGAAGGUCCGAUGGGGUAUGGCGCUGACUCAGGAGGGGAAGCUACGUUCUAUGGUGCUCUUGGCGGUCUUUGA